AUGGACUCCCGAGAUGGCGAAUCUGUUUUUGCACACCUUCCACUUGUUCCCGACCCACCAGUUUUUGCGGUGAUGGCAGCUUAUGGCAAAGACCCCAGCCCAUUAAAGCUGAACUUGGGUAUUGGUGUUUAUCGUUCGGAGGACGGAAAACCUUUUGUCUUGAAUGUUGUUAGACGAGCCGAGCAGCUUCUGGUUAAUGACAUGUCUGCUAAUAAGGACUAUCUUCCUAUCACUGGAAUAACUGAAUUCAAUAAAUUAAGUGCUAAGCUCAUUCUAGCACCAGAUAGCCCUGCCAUUAGAGAGAACAGAGUGACUACUGUACAAUGUUUGUCUGGCACUGGCUCACUGAGACUUGGAGCUGAGAUUUUGGCAAAAUUUUACCACCAACAAACGGUAUAUAUUCCGCAGCCAACCUAUGCAAACCAUCCAAAUUUUUUCUAUUCAGUGGGACAAACUGUAAAGACUUACCGCUACUAUGAUCCAAGGACACAUGGACUGGACUUUCAAGGCCUAGUGGAAGACCUUUGUUCCAUGCCAUCAGGAGCUGUUGUUCUCUUCCAAGCAUGUGGUCAUAACCCUACUGGUGUUGACCCAACUAUUCAGCAGUGGGAGCAAAUAAGACAGCUGGUUAGAUCAAGAAAGUUGUUACCGUUCUUUGACUCUGCAUAUCAGGGUUUAGUUAGUGGAGAUCUGGAAGUAGAUGCACAAUCUGUUCGUUUGUUUGUUGCUGAUGGUGGUGAAUGCCUGGUGGCUCAGUCAUAUUCAAAGGUCAUGGGAAUCUACGCGGAGCGUGUUGGCGCACUCAGCAUUGUUUGCAAGACAGCAGAAGUGGCUAGCAAUGUUGAGAGCCAGCUGAAACUUUUGAUCAGGGCCAUGUAUUCUAAUCCGCCUAUUCAUGGGGCUUCCAUAGUGGCUGCUAUUCUAAAAUCUAGCGAUAUGUACAAUGAAUGGAGUAGGGAAUUGAAGAUGAUGAAUGACCGCCUUACUCGCUUGCGGCAGCAACUCGUUGACGCUUUGAGUGAUAGAGGUACACCUGGUGAUUGGAGUUACAUAACGAAGCAGGUUGGCAUGUAUGCCAUCUUAAGCUUAAACCCAGAUCAAGUUCAAUUCCUGACUAGAAAAUACCAUAUCUACAUCUCAUCCGACGGGAGGAUCAACAUGGCGGGUCUGAGCUCUAAGAGAGUGCCUUAUUUUGUAGAUGCAAUUCAUGCUGCUGUUACCGGUGGCAUCUAAAUUAGUUAAUCAUUCUUAAUUUCUUCUCUGCUAUAUCACACAUUCUAGAAUUGGUGGAUUCUGCUGCAUAGAUGGUUAAUAUGAAACAUAUGCAUAUUAGCUAGGACAAGAAAUUAUUAUUAUUAUUAUUUUUUCUCAUUCCCAUAAACCCAUACAAUCCAAUAUCUAGAAUAUCUUUAAAUAUAUAGCCACUUUUACCUAUUAAUGC